AUGUCAGAAAAUAAACAAAAUACACAAACAGAAACAGAAACAUAUAAUUUUACAAAUGACGAAAAAAAGGAGAGCAGCUAUGUCUUCACACCUAAGUCAAAGCUACUCAGAACACCUCCAAAACCAAGAUCCUUGACAGGGGAAAGUGAGACGGAGAACAGUGAAAUGGAAAAUUUUGUUGAGGACAAAGCAAGAAGCAGUGAAAAUGAUAACGUUGAAAAUGAAGAAGGAGAAUAUGAAACAGUACAGGCAAAGAAAAAGAGAAAGAGGAAAGGUACUCCAGACCAAAACAAAGACAUUGAAACUCUGACAGAUGGAAGAGCUUUCAGGAAAGCACUAGAUGUACUACUGAAGAACAUUAGACAACUAGAUAAAAUAGUGGGUGUCAGUUAUAAACCGAAGAAAGAAAUAACAGAAAUCUGCAGUAGACUGAAAUAUCACGCAGACCAAAUAGAUAAGGAGGAUAACAGGAAGUGGUUGGAACAAUCCAUCAGACAGGAAAACAUACCAGCAAAGACAACAACCUCAACAGACUCAGGAACACAAACGACUACACAAAAUUAUACGGAUGCGGUGCCAACUAUGAUAACUACGGAAACACAAACACUUCCUUGGAGUAUGGUAAUUGACACCAAUUUGCGCACUCUGGAAGGAAUUGAGAAUUUGGAAGCUUUCGAACUGGUAGAGAAUAAAACCUGGACUGAAGACAUCUACACAAACACAAACAUCAAGAUAGGGAACCCCCUUGAAACCCCAGAUGAGAUAGUCAAGGUAGUUGUUACAGAACCCAACGAUCCUAAUAUGGAGCAAAAUAUACAAAAAACAUAUAAAGGGAAAUAUCCAGAAAUAGAAACACUCGAGGGACCAAUUGAAGUUAUAGAACAAAUCACAAGAAUCAGAUCGAAAGGCCCAGGUCUAACCAAACGUAAGGUAGUGAAAAUCACGUAUGACGGUACAGAUCAAGACUUGUGGAGAAAAUUAGAAAUGUUAAAAGAAGAAACAGUUGACGAAAAAGUGGCAAUACAUGAACUAGAGAGUAUGACUGCAGUAAGGCAACAGAAAAUGAUGGAAGCUAUUUUCCACGGUUCAAACACGAAAGUUACAAUAUACACUAGGGAGAAAUUAAAGAAAAGCCAGAUAAGAAGGCAGAAAAACGAAAAACAGAGAGAAACAUAUGCUUUAAUAGUGCAAGAAGAAAAUAAGAGUUAUAUGGAAGUUUUGAACACAUUUAAAAAAAUAGCACAAGAUAACCCUGCUAAUAAGUCAAUCAGGAGCUUGAAAAGCACGAGAGAUGGAAAGCUCCUAGUCACUGUAGACAGGAAUAUCGAAGCGAUCGAAGAAUUACAGAAAGCAGUCGAAAAAGGUUCGAAUCGGUGUACAUCUAGGAAGGUUGGACUGUCACAACAAACUGAAACAAUACAUAUAAGGGGUUUGGCUGCAGAUACAAAAAGAGAAGAAAUAAUAAAUACAGUGAACGAUAAGAUUGUAUGGAAUGAUGAAACCUGCAAACUUAGUGAACUCAGGCCAUAUGCAAACGAUACCCUAGCAGCCACUCUAGUACUCAAAAAGGAAGAUGCUAAUAAAAUCUUAGUAAAUAGGCAUCUAACGAUAGGAAUAGUGAGGUGUCCAGUAGAAAAGAGAAUUAUACUAAACAGAUGUUUCAAAUGUUGGAAUUACGACCACGAAGCGAAAACAUGCGAGGGGCCAGACCGGAGUAAAUACUGCUAUAAAUGUGGAGAAACAGACCAUACGUCUAAAGAAUGCAGAAAUCAAGUAGCAUGUCCCCUUUGCGAUGAACUGGGCCAUAAAGCUGGGACUCUGAAAUGUCCAUUUUAUAAAAGAGCUUUGAAUACUGCAAGGAGAAGAGAAAGAAUGACUGAAAAACAACAAUAUGAAACUGAGGAAAUAAAGGGUGAGUCUAAAGCGGACGAGAAAGAGGACGAAAAUUUGGGUUAA